CCGCCACAAACCCAGAGUUUUGUGCGUUUCCUUCCCGCCAGAGCCGUGGAUUUCACCGGGAGCUGCCGCUUCAGCGAGCUGUGCGCGUGCAGGGUGAGGAGCAUCGCCUGCCUGACGUGUGGGAAUGUUGUUGGCUACCACGUCAUCUGUCCCUGCAAGCCCUGCCUGCAGUCCUGCAACAACGGGCACCUCUGGAUGUUCCACAGCCAGGCCGUGCUUGGCAUCAACAGGCUGGACCCUUCUGGUGAGGGACAGCUUGGCUUCCUUCCUUUCCCUCGUGUGGAUGUUUUGCUGUGGGGGAACCUGCCAGCUCUGGAGGAGAGCACGGAGGGAGACACGUCCUGCGCCUCCGAGGAGGAGGAGUUCAUCAGAUGA